AAUGAUGCAAAGGAGCCUGUGUUUUCCAGGCUUUGGGGCUGGGACUGCAGUGUUCUGAGCUCACUGAAAGCAGUCAAAGGAGGAGGCGGGACUCGGGCGAGUUCCCCUUCCACCUACCCCCACCCUUCUCUUCCCACCUCUCUUCCACCUCUACCUCGAUUCCAGUCUUUGCUGCAGCUGCUCUCUAGCCGUUUGCACGACCCAAACAACAGCGGCCUUUGUUCCCAGGAUGGUGAUCCGUGUGUAUAUUGCAUCUUCCUCUGGUUCUACGGCGAUCAUGAACUUCUUACUGUCCAGAAUAUGCUUAUACAUGAUUAAGAAGAAACAGCAAGAUGUGCUUGGUUUUUUAGAAGCUAACAAAAUAGGAUUUGAAGAAAAAGACAUUGCAGCCAAUGAAGAGAAUCGGAAGUGGAUGAGAGAAAAUGUACCUGAAAACAAUCGACCAGCCACAGGAUACCCUCUGCCACCUCAGAUUUUCAAUGAAAGCCAGUACCGUGGGGACUAUGAUGCCUUCUUUGAAGCCAGAGAAAAUAAUGCAGUGUAUGCCUUUUUAGGAUUGACAGCCCCACCUGGUUCAAAGGAAGCAGAAGCUCAGGCAAAGCAGCAAGCAUGAACCUUAAACAUUUGGCCUUAAGCAUCCUGAAAAAGGAGUCUCUAUUGCUUUUAAAAUCAUCUUGGCUUCAGGAGAAAUCAGCUUAAUGUUGAGAUAAUAGAUUAGUUGGUUUUUCACAUGCAAACAAUCAUAACGAAUACAUAACUAAAAUAUGAAUAUUAUGAUGAGGAUAAUGGGAAGUGUGCAUAAAAAUUUUAGAUGUCAUGGGAUAGUAUUGUUAUCUUCCAAGGCAUUUUAUGUACUUCAGUUACUUUAAAAAGCGAAGACCUGUCCUUUUUUGUGGUAUUAUUAUUGCAGCUUAAGUAUUUCUGAAGCUUUAUGUUGAGGAAUUUAAAAUACAGAGUGAAAGAAAGAAUCCAUCUCUUGUUCCCAAAUUGCCUCAUUAAUUUUAGUUAAUAAAAAUAUGUACCCUUUUGAUGUGAUGCUUUUGUGAUUGAAAGGUAGCUGCAGGUAAUAUUUAUGAUAUGUUAGACAUUGUAAUUUCUUAUGGUAAUUAUAACAUUCCUAUUAUUUUGUAAUUGAAACUGUAUGUAGUAAACCACAGGUUUUCUAGGCUUCUAAAUGUAGCCUUUCAUUGUAUAUUUCAGUGAUUAGAACAGAUGACCUCCUACAAAAAAUAGAUGCAUUCAGUUAACAAGUUCCCUGCUUAACUGCACAGCUGUAAUGUGAUCAUGUUUCUAAGUUGCUUGCCCAGUGAAACAUGUGUAUAUAUGUUAGGAAUGUAUGAUAGCAUGCAAGUUUAAAAAGGCAACCUUUUGCAAAGAGCUCAGAAUUUUAAUUAACUACUAUAAGAUAGGUCACAGCAUUCAGUGCCCAAGACUGGUUUUUGUAGGAUCUUUGCUAAAAAAUUCUUAACAUUUCCCCCUUUUAAAAUAACUUGUGAUCACAAAUGCCACUACUUCUUAGAUAUUUGAUAUGUUUUUUCAGUUUAGGCAUAUAUUGCAUGAAAUUAUUAAACUAAGCAGAGAGAAUAUUUUCUAUGCUUCUAUUCCAGUGAAUAGCACAAGUAUUAGAUUAAAAAUUUCCAUUUUUAAAAUUUUAAUCAUGAAAACUUCUAAGAAAACAAGAAACAUUAUGGCUUAAAUUACUUACCCAGAAGAUAUACAUAUUAUACUUUAAUUCCAUACUAAAAUUUUUAAAAAACCCUUUUAAUUUAAAUUACUUUAUCAUAUCAUUUGAUAUAUUCAAGUCUGUGCUCUUUGCCAAAAUCAACAUAUAAUGAAGAUAUAGCUUUGUUUACUGAAAUUCAAACUUGACACAAUGCUUUAAAAUAAAUUCAGUCUUUUUAGAAACAUAAUUUAUGUGUUCCUAGAGUUUCUAAAUAGUAUAAGAGUAAUUUUAAAUGAGUAAUACAUGUUUUAAAAGGUGUGAAAGAAGAAAAUUUAAAAAAAAGAAAAAAU